CAGCAGAGAGGCAGCUGCUGGUGGCUGUUGAUCAUAAUGUCGGGCAGAAAGCCUCGUUCUGUAGCUAACCCUCUGGAGUCUACGAUCACCACACCGAGUGAGAGGAUCUUGAAAGAAUGCCACAGUCUGUAUGUGGAUACCGAGCACGGCCUGGUGAAGAUUGCCAGCAGCCUAGGAGUGCGUCUCCUUCCUCCCAGAAAGAAGAUAAUAGUGAUGAUAAUGGGUAAUCACUCUGCAGGGAAGAGCUCCUUCAUUAACUGGUAUGUUGAAGAGCACAUCCAGAAAACUGGCGUCGCCAUUGAAACUCAGGGCUUCACGUUUAUCACAAGCGGUCGUAAAAGAGAAUCACUGACGGGGAAUGCAACGCUACAUCUCUACCCUCACUUCAGACCACUUCUCGAGUUUAAAGGUGUUACGGACUAUCUGUCUGCUGAGAUCUCCACCUCCAAACAGAAGAAGUUCAGUCUGGUGACAUUCGUGGACACGCCAGGUUUAGUGGAUGGGGACAUGGUCUACCCUUUUAAUGUCAACAGCGCCAUCACCUGGCUGGGAGAGCAGUCCGAUCUGAUAUUUGUGUUUUUUGACCCCAUGGGUCAGGCGCUCUGCAAGCGCACGCUCAACAUUGUGGAGAAGCUGAGCGAGACAUGUGGAGACAAGCUGCUGUUCUACCUCAGCAAGGCAGACGAAGCUGGGAAGGAAACAGACAGACAGAGGGUAAUGAUGCAGAUAGUUCAGGAGCUCUGUCGCCGUCCAGGUCUAAAUAAAUGUGGUUUUGAGAUGCCUACAAUAUACAUCCCCAACCCACAGAAGCCCAGCCGCUGUGUCAACCAGAUCGAUGGAGUGUGUCAGACCAUCGAAAAGACCAUCAACCAGGCUGUUCAGAAGACCCUGGAUCAGCUGGAGAAAGACUGCGACCUUAUCUGUUCAACCAUCAGCAGCAAACUAGAGAAAGACAGGGCUGAUGCGAAGUACAACAAAAGCGUCCGUCUUCACUCGUUUCUCUGUGGGGCUCUGGGUUUUGUCCUUCCUACCCUUUUCAUCCUCAGUUUCAUUGUGAACACCUUCUCUAAAGAGCAGCUGGAUGAGCUGCUGGGUGAAGGGCCGGCUCGCACCGUCUCUAUCUUUACAGGAAUAGUGAUGUAUUUAUGGGACUGGAUACCAGAGGACGGACAAGUUGUGUUUGUCAUCACCUUUGGAGCUUUUUGCUACCUCCUGUUUUUCCUAGCAAAAUAUUUUGCAGGUCAAGGGAAUAAAACUCUGACAAAGAAGGAGAAGAAGGUGAUGGCAGAGUACAACGACUAUAUCCAGGACAUUGUCAAAACAAAGAAGGGGAAACUUUAUGAGUGGUACCUCCAGCAGUGUGCAGCAGAAUAUGACCUCUGACCCCAGGUUAGGUGACGACUGUUAAGCGAAUGUUUGUAAGCUUUUUGAUACACCACAGUUUAUUAAAUGCUGUCUAUAGUGGUGUUGGGAGGACUUUCUUUAUGGAUGGGCACCCACCAAAUAAUCUGGUGUUACACCUCUUACCUCCACUCGGCUGCACAGUUCACUGCCAACAUUGAUCAUCUCCAGAAUUUAAAGAUUAACAAAAUCUCAAAAGUGCUUUUAUUGGUCAUACAGGAGAAGCUGUGAUUGUUAUGAUCUAUUCAGUACAGACUCAGAAUGUGAAUUGUAUGGCACAGUAAUGUCAAACCUUUACAUUAGGUUUGAGUUUUCUUAAUCUUCAUGAGGAAUUUGUUGAUAGCCUAUUUUUUUUAUGAUAAAGCUUGUUCUUUUUGUCAUAUUGUCUCUCAAAUUUCACCACACCGUCCGGUCAUGUUGUCUCUGUGAUAUACCUGAAGGUGCUAUUUAUAGCAAUACUACAUAGUCAAUGCUGUGAAAACCCCCGGGCAUUACAGUCUAAGUUUGUAUCAGAUAUUUUUAUACCAGUAAGAGCUCAAAAAACAGAUGUCUGCCCUAUUGUCAGAGAUCCGUUUUUAAUAUAAUCCUGUAUAAAUCAUUGUCAUGUGAUAGUAAAUAAACCACAGUCAUCAUACCACAGUUUAUUCAAACUGGUGGGCAGUUAGGACUUUUACAGCACUGAUGCAUACCUCCAAGUCAUCAGUGUGGUCAUAAUGUCUUCAGAAGCUUCAUAUAACUCCAGUCGACUUCAAGAGAGCCUGGCUGCAGACAUCAGUUGUUCAUAAGCACAUGCGCACUUGGACGUCUCAGCUGUUGUUGUUAAAUAUGUUUCAUAUUCCCACCUUUCUGAUCAAUUUGGAUAUUUUGAACCGAUAGUCCUGUAUUUAGGACAGACCUGAUAGCGCAUGCCUUUAUGGACGUCUGAUAUCUGCAGCCAGGUGCCUCUCAUCUAACAUGUACUGUUAUCACUCCAGUGUUUGUACUUCUAUUUAUUAUUUUCUGAGGUUUUUCUUUAAACCCAAAGGAUGUAGAAAAACAUCCAUGGGCUGUUUGUGAUAUUAUUGUGAACACUGUCAGGUUGUAAGUGUGUUUAGGGAAGAUAAUCAUUUAUGAGAUACAUUAAAGUCCCUGUAAAGUAACAUCCAAAACCUUGUGUCUUAACACACUAGAUGUUUGAAUAAGGUUGCUGCAAAAAUGUGAAAAUGCUGAGAUGUAUGUGUGACUGAAUUUUUUGAGUAGACCGUUCCAAAGUUGUUCAGCUUGUUCCUGGUUUGGUUUAAUUUGAGCAGGGCAGAAAUUUGAGCCCAUGACAUCACCAGUCUUGAUGGGGAAUUAUCCCAGCACUCUAACGCUACAAAAAUAUUCAACCACCGAGCAGUUCGUCUCAAUACAGUCUGUUGUUAGCCGAUCCACUGCCUUUAUUUAAAGUUAACAGCAAACUACAUGCUAUGUUUUUGUUCAAUGUGAGGUAAAUGUCCCAAAUCUAUCAGCUAUAGUGGCCUACGGGUCAUUAAAUGUAUCAUUACAGAGAGAUUUGUAACAGAAAACAGUACAUUUAAUACCCAAAUUCUGUCUCUCUGCUACAGAGCCAGGCAGCUGACAGAGGCAGAGAGACAGGAAUUGGGUAUUACAUUUACUGUUUUCUGAUUCAAAUCUCUCUGUACCAUCCUUGAGCAGACUUUAUUGCCUCAGUUUUGAAGAUGUUGAAGCUUAAUUUUAUAAAAUUAGAGAUGUCUGUUAUGACUGAAAUUUGGCCUGGUGGUUCAUAACACAGUGGCCUAUCAUACUGCAAACCUAAAAUAAAGUUGUUGUUUUUUUUUAAUCACUUUACAGGGAUUUUAAUAAAUUAUGUGUGACUAUAUAUCUGUCAAACUUUUCCAAAACGGUUUCUAUUAAACUAAACUUGGACUUGAAAGUUUUUCUUUUUUGUAAUUAAAGCCUCAAAGAAUGAAACUUAAUAAGCUGCAAACUCUGUUCAUCUGGAAACAUAAUAAACAUUUUCUAUGACUUG